UACGCAAUUCAAAGCCUUAUAAUAUGAGAGUAGUGAACUUGACUUUUCGCGCGUGACACACAGCCGGUUUGAUUGUGACGUUUACUAUACCUGUCUCUUUCCCGCCCUUUUACCCCACCAGGCAGGUUACUUCUAGAUUUCUUAAAUGUGAGCUCGACAUUGGCGUCUUGACUUCUGCGCUGCACAGUCGGUUCCACCGAUCCUCCGUCGCGUCGGUCGAAAACCAUGGGUAGUGACAGUGAUACAUCAUCGUCAGCUUCGACAACCACAAAUGAAUCCAAAAAGCGAAAAUCAAGAUCAAAACGUGAGAAGCAUAGGAAACGACGUCGUGAAUCCAGCUCUUCAAGGCUUAUUCAGGCCUUGUCCAUGCAAGUUAAUAAUUUAGAGCAAUUAGUGUCUCAAAAUAUCGGUUUACCAUCUGCAAUAGCUAAUUCUGCGCCGCCGCAACCGUCGCCGGAAGUACAAAUUGAUGCAAAUGAUGAGAUCACGUCAAAUGUUAGUGGAGAAUUAUAUGAAAGCUUAGAGCAGGAACCCGCCCAGCAAUUUUCAUUCCCUUUGAACACGGAGUUGAAAGAGCCAGUACUAAUUAAAUCUGAUCCUGUUUUAGUAGAACGUUUAAAAAGCAUACAACAUUUUGAUUCCACUAAUUGGUGUGAUGUUAGGUAUUCGGAAGUGCAGAAACGUUAUUGUUCAACUCCGGGCUUUACGGAUCUCGAGUGUAAUGAUGAGCUGAAACCAUUUGAUAGGCUUCACAACCUGGCUUUAUUAGAGCGUGGUUUUGCAGCGAUGACUAAAGCGUUGAUAAAACAACAUGAGGCCGUAGAAAAUGGGUUUAAAUCACUUAUUAGCUGGUUACAAUCUGCUGAAGUUGUCGAAUUAUCGGUAUUUGAAGCUAAAAUACAUGAAAUUUUCUCGGAAGGUGAGUUUCACAAAAUUUCUGCAGAUUUAUUGCAAAUGGCCUGCGGGCACCGCGCUGAUUUGAUACAACAGCGUAGGGAUGCUAUUUUAAAAGCUGUCAAAGAUAAAUUUUUCAAAGAAACGUUAAGGAAAAUACCUCCAUCUUGUGAACAUCUUUUCAAAUCCGAAAAUUUGACAUCUUCUCUAGAAAAACAAGGUGGUGUUAGCAAGGCCUGUUGGCCAGUGAGACCUAUAACCUCAAAAUCCGGUUCCUAUUCUCAGAACAUCGGUAACCAAACAAAAAAUUCCAAGGUGCCUGCGCAAGGUACUCGUUCAUCUAUGGCUACCUAUAUGCCUUAUAUGCCACCAGCGCAUGGUGUGCCAUGGCCCCAAUACUCCCCUGCGCAAGGGGUUCCCUUUAGCAACCAACAAUACAUAUACCCACUUCAACCACAAGGACCAAGGCUUCCUGCGCAAGGAAGGUCAUUUCGUCAGCAGGGUCCGAGAUUUUCACAGGGUGCAGGUCCUUCCUCAACCCGUAAACCAAACCAGGCUUCCGCGUACAGGGACCGGGCAAAGAGAAAGUUCUGACUUGGAAUUUCAAGCGGGGCAACUCCAACAUUUUUCCAAAAUGUGGGAGAAGUAUCAUACCCCACUAACGACUCUAAAAAUUAUUCGAUCGGGAUAUCUAAUACCAUUCGUAAUGAGACCCCCAUUAAGUAUACCUGCCUUGAACGACAAUUCCAUUCAAACUCCAUAUUCAGAGGCGAUGGCCCAGCAAGUUCAAUUGUUAAAGAAUAUGGGCGUGUUGGAACCGGUACAAGUUUCCCCGAGCUUUGUCUCAAAAAUGUUCUUGAUUCCAAAGGACGACGGGUCAUCCCGUCCAAUUUUCAACUUACAGAACCUAAACAAUUUUGUUCAUCAGAGCAAAUUCAGGUUAAUAAAUUUACAGAAAGUGCCCAGUUUCUUGCAGGCCAACGACUGGCUAGCAAAAAUAGAUAUCCUAAACGCCUAUUUUCAUCUGAGUGUCUCUCCUCGGCACAGACGGUUCCUACGGCUAAUUUUCAACAAAGAACUCUUGCAAAUGACUUGCCUACCGUUCGGCCUUUCUUCAGCACCAAGAGUGUUCGCCUCUGUAACAAAUUGGGUGGCCCAACUGCUGAGAAACCAGGGAAUUCGUGUAUUAGUGUACUUGGACGAUUUCCUAUUAGCCCACCAAGAUAUGAGUGCUUUACAACACCACAUAAACCUAACAAUCAAUUUGCUAAGGUCUCUGGGCUGGCAUGUAAACCUUAUAAAAUCAAACUUAAGUCCCCAGAAAGAAGUUCAAUACCUGGGUAUAUUAUGGAACCCAUCGCAAAAUGUAAAAAAGUUACCCAUAAAGAAGCACCUUGUUAUAAGGGAGACCAUCAAAAAGAUUCUGAAACGAACAUUCACGAAUCGAAAGGAAAUCCAAAGCUUGAUAGGAAUGCUAAACUUUGCAAGCUUCGCAGUCCCAUACGGUCGGUUGAACUAUCGCCAAGUUCUAUCAUUUUUUCAACGCCUGCCAGACAGCGAUCCCCUCAGAUACCACCCCUUACCACAAGUUGUGAUAUCCAACCUAACAUGGUGGUUAUCGAAUCUCAAAGAGAGUUCUCCGAUUCACCCGCCGCUGACGUCUCAUUAUUUGACGACAGAUGCCUCCGGCUCGGGCUGGGGCGCGAUUCUAGACAACACAAAGCUAGUGGGAACCUGGUCAGCUCAAGAAAUUCCAUGUCAUUCGAAUAUGAAAGAAAUGUUCGCUAUCCUAAACGUAUUAAGAGAUCACUGUCAUAUCCUGGCCAACUCUACGGUAUCGAUACAGUCGGACAACAAGACAGUACUUUCGUACCUUCGCAAUCAGGGCGGGACCAGGUCAAGUCAAUUAAUGGCAGUGACUUUCCAGCUUUAUCAAAUACUGCAAGAGCACAAGAUUCACUUGUCUCUGCAUCACCUUCCAGGCAGGUUCAAUGUGGAAGCCGAUCAUUUGUCCCGGAACUGCCACUAUCCAGAAUGGCACUUGCUCCCAGU